GCAUCGAAACGGCAAAAGAAAAAAGACCAGGGGAUCUAGGGUUCCCUUGGAUCUCUCUCUGAAGUCCUAUAUCUCUAUGUAAAUCGAUUGCCCUUUUCUCUGUAUCUUUGCCUGUGAUUCUCUACUUCGAUCUUUUGUAAAUUUCGUACAAUUAAGGUUUUCAGAAUGGGUAAGUUGAUUUUAUAAAGGUAUUUGACACAGUUCAAAUCUAGCUUAGGGGUUUUCGAAUCUGGGAGUAGAGCCAUAUGCUCAAAUCGAACAUUGAAACGUUAAACAGAAAUUAGAAAUUGGGAAUCGAAGCAAAGGGAAAGGGGAGAGUUUUGAGAGUGCAUUUCUUGAUCUGUAAAUAUGCGGGGAUUGCAGAAAUCAAAAAGAGUUUCUUGGGCAACGGAUGUUAAUCUUUGUCAGGUAAGGCUGUUUCUAUCGGAGGAAUCUCCUUCACAAGUUGGGUUCGGUGCCCAAGAUCACCUCCAAGCAAAGGCAUCAUGGCUGUCCCAUCCAGCUGGCGCAGCUGCUGAUGAUAUUCUGCCUCCUGGCUUUGAAGGUCAUUCUUCCAAUCAGUCGCACAUUAAGUUAUCUGACAUCCCUGUAAUCAAAUGGAGAUGCCCUCCCAGGUUUAUCUUAGACAUAACCUGGCAAGUGGUUGCGGGAGAAGAAAGCAAAGAGGUGGAGGUUCAAAAUCAGAGAGAGAUGAGAGUGCUUGAAGCUGUUUAUCCUCGUCCAUCUGCCAUUCCUCCAAAUCCUACUUUCUCUGCAGACGUAGAAGACUCUCGAAACAGUGAUCAUCAGGUUCCUCUUAUUCCAAUUACUCCCAUUGAAGAUGAAGAUGCAACUGAUCCACCUUCUGAUUUAAUGGGACCAUUUAAUGUUCCUGUGAGCUCACAGUCCCAACUAUUAGCUUCUGGAAUUCCACCUCCUCAAUGCAGCAUUACUGCCAUUUCCAAUACUUCUGUCAAUGAGAAACCUGCUUCUGGAGCACUUCUUGGUAUUGAACCUGACGUAGCAGCUGCUGCAUCGGCUGCCUUUGCUGCCAUUAAUAAAAGCAGUGACCAAGGAAGUUUAAUAGACCAUGAUCUGCUCAUUAAAAUUCUCAACAACCCAAAAUUAAUUGAGAAGUUGAUUCAAGACUAUGGAGCUGUCUCCAAUGUGCAGAACAUCCCCAAGCCAACAACAUCUUUUGUUCCUCCAUCAGACAUUCCACCUCCUGCAACUUUAUCAGAACUGUCUUUCUUGCACAUGAAUAGAGCAGAGACCAACACACCUUCAUCGUUUACUACUACUUCAAGUGGACCCUUUUAUGCCCAACCAAAUGGGGUUGGACCAGGGUAUCUUCCAAAUGCACAGGUUCCUCCAACAGCAGUUCCAGCUUCAUCAGGACCUUCUGUUGGAGUUCCUCAAGUGAAGGAUGUGAACUAUUAUAAGAACUUGAUCCAGCAACAUGGAGGUGAAAGACAAGAAUCCCCUCAUCAAUAUGGUAGCCAUUUCAGUCACCAAGUAGGAGCAAACCAAGAGUUAGUUCAUGCCAAAUCAAGGGACUCGAAACCCAAGAUUAUGAAGCCUUGUAUUUAUUUUAACAGCUCGAGAGGAUGCCGGCAUGGAGCUAAUUGUGCAUACCAGCAUGAUGCGUCUUCACAGCAACGAAGCAGUAGCAUAUCAGAGGUGCAAAGUGCAAAGAGAAUGAAAAUGGAUAGGGAAAUUAGCAGUUAGUUUUUCUGUUGCUUGUAGUAUAUUGCAUCUCUGCAUUUUAUUUAAUUGCUAGCUUGAUUUUGCUACAAAUAGUUUCCCUUCAUUCAUCCUCUCUUGCAUGCAUGGGACGUCAAGAUUAAAAUUAUGGGCAGAAGCCUUGAUAUUCCUCAUCAAUUGCAAAUUUUCAUUAUUGGAUAGAAUUUCUUUCUAUAUUAUAUUAUUGAGCUAAAAAUAUUUAUAUCCAUGAAAUUUA